AUGAGCUCCAGCAAGGAUCCACAGUCUGCCAUUCCCCCUGCAAGCAAAGGGUCCUGGGCCAGCUUCUUAAAGUCGAUCGCCUCCUUCAACGGAGAUCUCUCCUCGUUAACCGCUCCUCCCUUCAUUCUCUCGGGCACCUCUCUGACGGAAUAUUCUGCCUACUGGGCUGAACAUCCCAGUCUGUUUGUGGCUGCGGCCAAAGAAGCCGAUCCUGAGAAGCGAGCGUUGGCUGUUCUGAAGUGGUUUCUCAGCACGCUGCGUCAACAGUACUGCUCCCGCAGCGAGAAGCUGGGCAGUGAGAAGAAGCCUCUAAACCCCUUCCUGGGUGAGCUUUUCCUCGGCAAGUGGGAAAAUGACCCUGACGCCGGGGAGACUACCUUGAUCAGCGAGCAAGUCAGCCACCAUCCCCCUGCCACAGCCUAUGCGAUCACCAACGAGAAGCACGGUAUUGAGCUACAAGGAUACAAUGCGCAGAAGGCAUCCUUCUCCAACACAAUUCAAAUCAAGCAAAUCGGCCAUGCCUUGCUGACAAUCACCCCUCCAACCGCGGACAAGAACGAUCCGGCCCAGAAGGAGCGCUACCUCAUCACACUCCCGUACUUGCAUGUCGAGUCCCUCAUCUACGGUACACCAUUCAUGGAACUCGAGAGGUCGACCAUGAUCGCCAGUAGCACGGGCUACAUCGCCAAAAUCAAUUACUCCGGCAAGGGCUGGCUCAGUGGCAAGAAGAACACUUUCAACGCCGUGCUCUACCACGAGAAGGACGGGGAGAAGAAGCCCCUAUACACCGCAGACGGACAAUGGUCCGACACAUUUGUCAUCAAGGACGCUCGCACCAACAAGGAGAUCGACCACUAUGUCGCCAAGGACAUGAAGACCAGCCCGCUGACCGUCGCCCCUCCGGAGGAGCAAGACAUAUGGGAGAGCCGACGAGCCUGGCGCGACGUCGCAUCCGCCAUCGAGCGCGGUGAUAUGGACGCCACCUCCGUGGCCAAGUCGAAGAUCGAGAAUGCUCAACGCGAGCUCCGCAAAGUCGAAAAGGCCGAGAACCGGGAGUGGGAGCGCCGGUUCUUCAAGCGCGUCGAUGAAACGGCGGACGAGGAGUUCCAGCGUCUGGCCAGGAUGGUCGGCCUGACUUCACUUGAGAGCGAUAAGACCGGUGGCGUCUGGCGUUUUGACAAGGAGCGCGCCGCAAAUGCCAAGCCGCCCUAUCACCAGACCGGUGGCGAAGGACUCGGAGUAUCCGAGUAA